AGGACAAGAGCUGGGGCCACGCCUCAGAGCACCCCAAACCAGUCAUCAUGAAGGUCCCUGUCCUUUCUAUCGCUGUUCUGCUCUCUCUCCUUGCUCUCCAUUCUGCCCAGGGGGCUGCCUUAGGAGACUCUUGGGGAAUGACCACUGAGUCUAAUUAUGCAGAGGAAUCCAAGAGCCCUGAUACCCAGUUCCUGAAUGUGGAUAGAUGGCGAUCUGCCUUUCAGUCUAAGGAGUUCCUAAACUGGCAUGCUUUCUUUGAGGCUCUUAAAGAAAAACUCCCCUUCCUCAACUGGGAAGUCUUACCUAAGUUGAAAGGAAUGAGGAGUAUAAUUCCUGAUGGACAGUGAACCCCAAACACACAGGAUCCUAUACCAACACUCCCAUAAUGAAGUCAAUUUUCAACACCUAAACUACCCUGGGGAACUUCGGGGAUGGAUCUGUUUCAUUCCAAAGAAAUCUCUCCCUGCCCUUGUAGGUCUAAUAAAGAUAAUUCCACCUGUGAAA